UGCACUAUUAGGCUAUUAUUAUAAUUAUCUCAUUACACACACAUUAUAUGUUCAUUUUUAAUAUUAUUUUAUUAUUAUUAUUGUUCAUUCUUGAUGCAUACCCCGCUUACAUUAGUGUAAUUCAGCGGUCAGUGUGGGCUUUACAUGAGCAUUAUCAUUAACUACCCCGUUGUUGUUUCGUGUCUGUUUGAGAUUUCGCGCGUGUUACAGAAAUAAUACGUCAGACUGGGAUUAAGGGAUGUGGGCUGGCCCUGUGAUAUCCAAGGCUAUCCUCCAACUCUAUUUCAAUAGGAUCUCAGCUGCGGUUGUUGGUCCGUCGCCGUCGAGCACAGACGGACCGUUUCAGCGAGAUCUCACACAGUGUAUGACAGAGUACCGGAGCAGCUUGUCGGAAUAACAGUCUCUGGGCUUUUGCACGACUCAGGUAGGGAUGUUUUUGUUAAAUAAAUACGAGGACAGGACCUGAAUAAACGACGGAUUCCUGAAGCUUGUGGGGUUUUUUUUUUCCUCCGGAGCGCACAUUUUCUAUUUGGCAGAGUGAUGAAUGAAAAUCAGAGGAAAACACAAGAAGAGAACAAAAUCCGAGCUUGCCACGGAUGCGAGAGUGCAGACAUGCUGUGGGCACAACUGUGACUGAAUAAAGUCAUAAUAAAUCUAUUAUAGGCUUAGAAUAAAACCCGAAAGCAGCGACUUAAGUUCUGCAGCAGGGUGAUUGUGCCGUUCCCGGAUCAGAUGCGGCAGAUGUGAGUUUGCUGAAGACCCUCUUACACACAGACCGGAGGAUGGUCCCCGGGGCCCCCAGCACGACCACCACCAUGCUCCCCGCCUCCGAGGCUGCCAAAAUCUACCAGACCAACUACGUGCGCAACUCCCGCGCCAUCGGUGUCCUGUGGGCCAUCUUCACCAUCCUCUUCGCCAUCGUCAACGUGGUGUGCUUCAUCCAGCCGUACUGGAUCGGAGAUGGAGUGGACACCCCGCAGGCGGGCUACUUCGGUCUGUUCCACUACUGCAUCGGGAACGGGCUGUCCCGGGACUUGACCUGUCAGGGCAGCUUCACCGAGUUCAGCGCCAUCCCCUCCGGCGCGUUCAAGGCCGCCUCCUUCUUCAUCGGCAUGUCCAUGGUGCUGGUCCUCACCUGCAUCGGCUGCUUCGCGCUCUUCUUCUUCUGCAGCACCGGCACCGUGUACAAGAUCUGCGGCUGGAUGCAGCUGGCAGCAGGUACAUGUCUGAUUCUGGGCUGCAUGAUCUAUCCAGACGGCUGGGACAGCGACGAGGUGAAGCGGAUGUGCGGCGAGCAGACGGACAAGUACACGCUGGGGGCCUGCUCAGUGCGCUGGGCCUACAUCCUCGCCAUCAUGGGCAUCAUGGACGCUCUCAUCCUCUCCUUCCUGGCCUUCGUCCUGGGCAACCGCCAGGACAGUCUGAUGUCUGAGGAGCUGCUUGGAGACAAGAGCGGCAAUAACGCUAUAUAAUAUCUGGUAAUGGUAAAGCAGUCACACACACACACACAGGUCUCGCUGCCUAGACGUGAUGUUACUUCAGGAAUCCAGCUUCCCUCUCCUGGUCCAACCUGUGGCUGGGAUGCAGAGCUGAUGUGUAGGGGAAAGAACAGAUCAAAGAAGAAGGACAAGAGGAGGUCUGGAAGAGGCCACACAGCCCUUGCUGGAGACAGGAUGCCUCUUAAUUGUCCUCUCUGAAAGCUCCCUCUGUAAAAUAGCCUUCUCAUUCAUCCCAAACUGCUUUAUUUCUGCAGGGUGAAUUCUCAAAAAAGAAAAAAAAAAAAAAGACUUUCUUAGAAGUUUUACCUGUGUUGGUAUGUCACUGCAUCAUCUUACCUGAGCUGUUCAAAACUGAAAUGUUCUCCAUGUGGAUGUGAGGUGGAGAGGUUUGUUCCAGUGCAAGGGGUUCAGCUGGAGAAAAAAAAAAGAUAUAUUAAAAAGACUUUCAGCUCCAGGACACCGGAUGGACAAACACCACUGAGCGACGGCCGCUCAAAUCGAAUUAAAUCAGAGCAAAUUAUCCAGACUUUGACCGACACAAAUAAGGACUUAACAGACUCGAGGUCAAAGCUGUCAGGUCUUCUCUCUUAACAUCUUAUCAACAAACUCCCCGCAAAGGAGUUUUGGCUUUGACACUGUUUGACCUUUUGAUUUAAAAGGAAAGUGGUGUCAGCAAAGUGAGGACUGAAGACAAUUAUAGGCUGGAUUUAAAAAAUAAUAAUAAUAAAAAAGACGAACUGAAAGAAAAAAACUGUUUUGUUAUAAUUAAAUGUUUGAUGUGAUAGAAUCAAAAAGGUAGUAAUUAGAGGUUUUGCCGGCGACGACUUUGCAAAACAGAUAAGUUAAAUAAGGAGAAAACAUCAAUUGUAUGAAGUCUAUAAUCUAUGUAUAUCUAUAUGUUGAUUAUGUCCCUGUACUUUGUCCUGACUUUGAGAUGUACACUUUGAAAUGUCAAGCUAUUGGUCCAUUAUUAGUGUGUGCCAUACAGUAUCUUGUAACCUGACAGUAUUGUGGAGUACUAAAAGGGCCAUAAGAAGAGCUACACUGGACAUGAAUUCAGCCUGAAUAUGAUUGUUUUAGCUUUUUUUUUUUUUAGCUCCCAACCAGGCUGGCACAUAUUGAGCAUAAAUCCUGUAAAACGGUGAACUGACGGCUUUGUUUGGAUUAAAUUAAUGUGAAAUGACAUAUUCAUUAUUGUGCUUUAGAGGCAAACGUGAGAGCGGUGUCAGUCUGCUCAGCUAGUUCGCUAUAACUCUCAAGCCAGAAUGGUAACAUGAAUAAGCAUUAAAGGACCAGUGUGUAGGAUUUGGCGGCAUUUAGCGGUAAAGUUUCAGAUUGCAACUAACUGAAAUCCGCUGGCGUCUGUAUUUGACGACUCUGGAAUGAGCCGUUCACGGUGGCCGUGAAGAACCAUUUACAGCCAGUUUCGCUUUUGGGUUACUGUAGAAAUAAUGGUGGUUCAACAUGGCGGACUACACAGAAGGCGACCCACAACGUCUAUAGAUAAAAUCAGCUCAUUCUGAGGGAAGGAAAACACAAAGAUUGUUAUAUUCAGGUGAUUUUACACUAAUGAAAACAUCCCUAUGAAUAUUAUAUUCUAUUUCUGCCGAUAGAUCCUCCUAAAUGUUACACACUGGACCUUUAAUUCCCAAAAAGUUGAACACAAAGGAUCAUUUUGAGUGUCACAAAGCAUAACGAUCCUUCUAUGUUAUCCCUGUUACUUCAGGUGCUCCCACAUCGAGCUGAAAGAGUCCUGAUGGUCUUGCCAAGCUACAGACUAAAAGAAGUCCCCGAUCAAUCGAGUCAAAAGCAAAAUGUUGAAACCUUUUCUGUACGAGUCUGUCCAGAUGAACAAUGAUAUGGAAUCAAGUGUGAGACGUAAUAAAAAAAAAUGACAAUUCAAACUUACUAAAAA